AUGGUGAACGGGACUGCCGUGUUGGAGCCCACUUUCACCGGCUAUGUCGCAACCACCCAAGAUGCGCUGCUACUCUUCGAGGCAUGUCUGACCGGCGUGCUACAUCAUGUUCCGCGCAGACCUCACGACCGGGAACGCAGCCAUCUGGUGCGCAGUGGGAGCGUCUUUAUCUACGAGGAGAACUCCUCCGGGAUCAAGCGGUGGACCGAUGGAGUCACCUGGAGUCCGAGUCGCAUCUUGGGCAACUUCCUCGUCUAUCGGGAGCUGGAUAAGCCAUUCCCACCAGGCGAGAAGAAGCGCGCCAUGAAGAAGGCCACGAGACGGCCCAUGCCCGCCGGCAGGCCCGGGGAGCCUUAUGCGCGACACGAUAGUCAGAGCUACUCACCCACUUCGCCCAGUCAAGCGUUUCCAGACCGUCCCCAGUCCGAGCUGGAGCGCGCCUUGGUAGGGUCACUGGUGGAUUCGUACGGGUUCAAGGAUUCCGGGCUGGUCAAGAAGACAAUGAGUGUGACAGUUCUGGGUAUUACGCACCAUUUGGUCUCAUACUACAGCGUCGACGACGUGAUCCGCGGAGUGCUCAGUCCGCCCUCCGUGGUCGAGAAUCUACGCUACAUUCGUCCGCGCACAGAACUCACUCAAAAGCAAAGCUUCCGGUCUCCCAUCGACGAACUCGAAGCCACCAACGCCGUCGAAAACCAAGAGCCUUCCCACGCCGCGCUCUACGGGUAUCGCCCCCAGAUGAUGGCACCUCCAAGUUACCCCAUGCAGACUCCCACAAAUGAUUUCUACAUGCACCCCAGCCCUUACGCCGCCACCCACGCCACCCAGCCCGGUCCCAUCCCGGGCUACUCGAUGGGCGCCCCGAUGGGUGGCCAACCAGCACCAAACCCAUACUUACCCUCGCCCGCAUCCGCCAUCCCACACAAGGACGACUACCACAGCAUUCCACCCAAGCAGGAAGAUUACCACGCGUUCCGCGCGGGGCCCUACGGUGGCAGCAUGGACUCGAUGAGUGCGCACAGCAUGUCUUCCUCAAUCCCAGGCAUGAACACGGGACUUCCAGGAUCUCUGGAUCGCAACCGCUCCACCUCCGAUCACAGCAGCACCGCCUACCGCAACUCAUCCAUUUCCUCCCGCAGCCAAGCCACGGACGCCACUUCCCCAAUGGACCCUUCAACGCCAGGCAACUACUCCCGUGGCAGCUUCAGCAUUCCCGGCCAAUUGGACAGCCAGCAUCCCCUUGAGCGUAACAUGCCGCUCGAUCCGAGCGUGCCGCGCCGCGAGUCAAACCCCAUCCACCCGUACUACGCUCCGGAUCGUUCACAGUACUACGUUCCUGCGCCGUACACGGCUACACAACCCAUGUCGACGUGGACGACUACUGCCGCUACUCAACCGCAGAUGGCGCAGCCGCAAAUCUGA